GGUUUUUGUGACUUUCUCAGUGUGUGGCAGCAGGUACCAUGGCGUCCGGCGAGGAGGACGGGACUGUCGACGAGAAGGAAACCAACAACAAGAAGAAGCGGACGAAAGGCGCCAUCGCAACGGCAUGGCUCGCGUUCUACAACAUCGCCAUGACCGCCGGGUGGCUUGUACUGGCUGUUUCCAUGAUCCGCUAUUACCUUCAGAGAGGCACCCAUAAAGGCUUGUACAAAACUAUAGCAAGGACACUCAAAUUUUUCCAGACAUUUGCACUAUUGGAGGUCGGACACUGUGCUAUUGGAAUUGUGCGGACAUCUGUAAUUGUGACUGGGGUCCAAGUAUGUUCUCGGAUAUUCAUGGUCUGGUUUAUUACAAACAGCAUCAGACAGAUUCAGAACGAGGAGAGUGUGAUCUUGUUCGUAGUGGUAUGGACGAUUACAGAGAUCACUCGCUACUCUUUCUACACUUUCAAUCUGCUCCACCAUCUGCCAUACUUCAUCAAGUGGGCCAGGUAUAACAUGUUUAUUGUCAUGUACCCCUUGGGAGUAAUUGGUGAACUGCUGACCAUACAUGCUGCCUUACCGUAUGUUCGGAGAUCGGGCAUGUUCUCCCUGAGGCUUCCCAACAAAUACAACGUGUCCUUUGACUAUUACUACUUCUUGAUCAUCGUCAUGCUGUCCUACAUCCCAUUGUUUCCUCAGCUGUACUUCCACAUGCUGCGUCAGAGGAGGAGGGUACUUCAUGGAGAAGUCAUAGUAGAGAAAGAUGAGUAGACCGAAGCCACUAACAAAACCCCAGUCUAUAUUCCCAGCAUUUUCACCACCCUUCCAGUUGUGUUUAAUUUCGCAAGGAUGGAAUCACUUCAAUCGUCAAAGGAGAUUUGAACCAAUUUUCACGGCCAAUGGAGAAGCCUCGUCUGUUUUGACAAAGAGUAUUGGACUGGAAUCUGGCAUUAAUAACAAUUAUCUGUACCUCGAGUGUAAUCUCACCUGAUCUGGACUAUAUUGUGUAGUUACAGGGAUCCUUGGGUAAACCGUUCCACAAAUUCUAGAUCUCCUUUUUGGUUUUCUCAUCCAUGUUCUUGGAUGGACAGAUUAGGGAUUAAAUAAUUGAUACUUCUUUAUUUUACCUUAUCCAUCUGAAGGUGGUGUUUUAGCAGACGGCCUUUUCAAUACAACAGCAAAAUUGAGACGGAACUAAUAUAUGGACUUGUGGGACUGACAAAACAGAAUGUAUAAACUGUAUUUUUUUUUUUUUAUCACUUGGCUACUUUAUUUCUCAGAUUUUCAUUCACAAGCAAUAGGUAUUAAAAAAGCAUUGCAAUUUAAAUAAACAUUAUAAAUGCAUUAAUAUACACUUUAAGUAUUGUGAAAGUAUCGUCAUUAUCUACAUAUCAUGCCAACGUUCUUAUGUUGAAGGUUUUCAAUCAUCUUAAGUCUGAGAACUGUAUCUUUAGAAUAAAUACUAGUUAUUUUCAAGAAUGUUUUGUUUUGAAUAUAACACCAGGUGCAAUGUGAUAAAGCAAGUGAUAAAAGCUCAUCAACCAUGUUAAAUUUUUUGUCCAAACCUGCAGCUGAGACUGUGAAAAGCAACAGAACAUUUUGUCCAUUGAUUGGUUUCUGUUUCUGAUGGUAAAAUCCCACUCCUCAUAUAUAUAUAUAUAUAUAUAUAUAUAUAUAUAUAUAUAUAUAUAUAUAUAUAUAUAUAUAUAUAUCAUAUGGGUUUGACUUUGUCCCAAUAUACAAGCAGUUUGGCAUUUAGUUUGGACAGAAAAUUACUUGUAACUUGCUUUGUUGGGAUUUUUUUUUUUUUUUUUUUUACACUUUUUUCAGUAUGCACUAUGAUUAUCUUUGUUGCUUCAGUGUUUACAAUCCAAAAUAAACCAGAAAAGUUUGUACAGGUAGUGCUCUAGAAAACAAGCAGCACAUGUUAGGUUAAUCCAAGACUAUUUGUUGCUAAAACUUUAGCUCAUUUGGCUCUCAGACCUUCUGUGUUGUUGUUGUUUUUUAAUUUAUUAUUACUAUGUUCUGUAAGAAACUUGAGUUCAUGGCUCUCUUUUGAGUAGAUUCUCUCUACGGUGCUACAUUAUUUUAUUCUUCUGUGCAGCUGAGGAGAGAAAGGGGACGUGGAGUGACAUCAUUAGAUAGAAUUGUGAAGAACAUUUUCAUGUAAUUUAAUUCAAUACCUGGUAAUUGUACUGAAAGAAUAAAGGUUUUGAAGAAAGAAUGAAAGAAACAAUAAAAAGAACUAUGUACUUAGGCAUUA